GAAAUGAUACACAACCCUCACUGUUAACUAUAUUAGUAGCUCAAUUCUAGUCUCUCACUCCUUCUCUCGUUAUAUUCAGUGAGAGAGAGAAAAUAAUUUAUCUCUCUCAUUGGGUUCUCUUUGAUCUGAUUCCCUCUCUUUUUUACUUGUCUUUCAUGAUGGGUUUUGUAUGGUUUUUACAUUCUUUUCUUUGCCAUGUGGGUUUCUAAAGAAGAAGUUGAAGAUUAUGGGUUCUUUGCUUCAUGGGAUGGUGAAUGGGUGGUUUCUUGGUUCUUAUCGGUGCUGCCCAUCUCAUAACUAGAAAUUUUAUUUGGAAUUUACUGGAUGGAAUAUAGAUUUUGGAGACAAAUGAUCACAAAAUGCAGCUUAGGGUACGAUUCGUGAUGUGAUGCGAUGGACUUGUUCAAUCCUAGCAAGGAGAUGUUGAUGCAAGGAGAUUUAGAUCUGAACUCUGUACAGCUAUACACAGAUUCAUUUAAAGAAGUUAUAAAGAAGACAAUUCUCAAGCAGGAGGUUAUAUUUAGGACUCAGGUCCAUGAACUCCAUCAGUUAUAUAGGACACAGAAGUCACUAAUGAAGAAUCUUGGUUGUAAGGGGUGUGGUGCAUACAAUUCAUGGGAUGCAAAUGUGCAAUCAUUUUUACCACCAUUUACAAAUCCUACAAGAGUUGAACCGCUGGUGAAAGAAACAGGAAUUUCCUCAUUUUCCAAGGUGUUCUCAACACCUUCCACAAGCGAGGAGUUGUUAGAUGGGUGCCAAGAUGCAUAUUAUAGGCUUAAGCAGAGGCCUCUUGAUCUUCAGCUCUCUGCUGAUGAAUUCAUCAGCCAUGUCGAGGAGGAUCUCCCAAGCAUAGGACAUGCUUGGAAUCAUCGCUUAAGAGAACCCAUAGACUUUAAGCAUCCUCUCUCUUCUAAUUACUCUUCAGGUACUGAGGAGUUGAAGCUUUCCCUGACCACUGGAGUUGACUAUAGAAGAACAGAAGGUGCAUUGAGGACUUGGUUUGAUAAGAAAACUCAUCAGUACUGUUCUGUGAUUGAUUUGGAAUCAGAUGAGAUGAUAUCAGAUGAUCAUGCAAAAUGCACACCUUCUGUUGGCGGUGCUGCUCCAGAAACUUAUUCCCCAGGCAAGCACAAGUCACUAGUUUCUGCCUUCUCCAAUUUAAUCUUCUCAACUAGAGCAAAGAAAGAUCCAUCUGUUGAGAUUGCAGAAAGCAGCUCUUUUCAAGAACAUAGUGAAUGCUGCCGAGAGCAGACCUCUUCGAAUGAAGGAAUUAUGGAGUUACAUGAUGAUAUCCUGUUUAAUAAUCUUUCCACCAAAAUUCAACAGUCCACUUCACAUCUAAAAGCUGAUUUGGACCUCAACAAAGUUUGCCUCGAUGACCCGUCAUGUUUCUCAAAUGAUCCUCUAUUGGCCUAUCCUUCACCGGCCAGCUCAGCAGGUGUAUCUGCAGUAGUUAUUGGGAGCGUGCAGGAAGAAACUUGCCCAACCACUUCUUGGGAGAAACGAGUCAAUGGCUGCUCAAAUGAAAUUUCUGAUAUCCUUCAUGCUGCUCAAGUAGAUUUAAACAGCACAACUAGGAGCGCAAAUGUUUGGACUAGAAGUUCCGACCAUAAUGGAAUAAGCGGUAGGGUAGUGAACCUUACAGGGCCAGAGCCCAUGGCCAGCUCCCCAGUAGACAUUUUUGUAGACAUUGGCAGCUGCAGUGGCGACCUUAAGAAUGAUAAUGUUGUGCUGAAGGCGAAACUUGCAAAUGGUCUUCUACAUGAUUUAAAUCAAAUGCGUUUAGCUGCUAUAGAACUGACCUCUGAGAAGAGCCAAGUGGAAGACGCUGUCUUUUCAUGUGUAUAUCAGUCUCAAAAUGAUAGACAUGGAAAUCAAUCUCCUGUUUCAUGCAAGUCUGGCAUUUAUGAUAAUGAUUCAAACAGUGGAAAGACAGCGCAAUGUGGCAAUGUGUCUGGUGAUGUGAACACUGAUUUGAAAAGCCACUUAGGGGCACAAGUUGCUGAUGCCUCAUCAGAUGAGAAUGACCUAAGAACUUCCAACAGUUGUGAUUUGAAAAAUGAAUGCUACCACAAGAAAGAAGAAUCAGCCAAAGUGGAUGGUUUGAUGAAAAGAGCAGCUGAAUCACUUAUAAAUUUGUCUUUGGAGAAUUCAGUUUCCUAUCAAGAUUCGUCUGCCAAAGAAAUCAGAAAUGAGACUAGAGAGGAGCCCCAGUAUACUUGUGAUUCUUUUGAAUUAAUAGUUGUGGAUCUAACGGAGAGCAAUGUGGAUGAAAAUUCCGUGACAUCAAAGCCAUAUGAAGUAAAUGAUGUGGAGACAAAAGAUUUUGGCUCAAAGUUGAGACGGGGAAGGAGAAUGAAAGAUUUCCAGAAGGAGAUACUGCCUGCUCUGGCAUCUCUUUCAAGACAUGAAAUUCAUGAAGAUUUAAACAUUAUUGAGGGAGUUUUAAGAUCAAGAGAAUACCGCAAAAUCAGCGGCAAGAUGGCAAGAAAUGGAGAGAACUGGUCUCCACCGUUGAGAAGUAGACGGUCAAGACUCAAUUAUGCUGGACGGAGAAAUUGUUCAUCGAGGUUCAAGUAGAAGUCAUUAACAGCCUGAUAUCUAAUCACAUCCGUUCUAGAUCUACGGAGCAUCUUUGCAUAUAUAGCAGCACAUAUAGUUCGAUCUCAUUUCCUAGCUUUAGAAACAGAACGCAUUACUUCAAAUGGAUGGUUGGUCUUCAUAUUUUGUUCCAUUCUUAGGGCAAUAUUUUCCUUCACCACACCUAUCUUUGGCACCUUCAAUGCUUCUCUCUAUGUAUCACUUUUUCGUGUUUGUUUCCCUUGAUGAUGGCACUAAGUGAGAGAGUUGAUAUUUUGCUUCUUUACUGAUGGCAAAAGAAGUUGCUGACAGAAAAGUUUGCUGCUCGGUAAGGCUACUGCUGUUGUAUAUGUUAACACGCCCUUUUCGAUGAAUGACAUCGAAUUUUAGAAGUUGUUCCAUUUUGAGCAGUGUAGUAAUUGCCACAUUUAUAAUGAUUAGCUUCUGCA